AUGGAGGCUGCGAAUCUUCCCAUCUUACAGUCGGAAAGCGGCCAGGAUUUUAGGGUCAAAUUAAAGUCCAAGAAAAUAGUGGUUGACCAACUUACAAAAUACAAGCAUUCAUUGAAAAAACUAUUAGAUUCCCAGUCUCAAAUCUCAGAAGAUGACAAAGAGAAACUGUUAGCGACCUUUGAACAAACUGUACAAGAAAAUGUUUUGAUCAGCGGCCUUUCCUGGGAAGAAGCACCAGAUGAUGAAGGCAAUGACGACGAAUGUAGCGCACUCGACGACGUAUUGGAUGAGAAAAUUGUACAGACCUCUGCCAAACGCAGGUUUUACCCGAAGAAGAUCCUUCCUUACGUUGUACGGGCCCUGAAAGCUGAGCGCAAACUCAUGGAUUUCUAUGUGUCAAUGGUGAAUCCAGAGGACAUGAAAAAGGACCCUGUGCAAGCUGACCUGAUGAAGAAUGUGUCUGAAGCUGCACCCGGGAUGCUCAGUCAAGCACGUACAGUAUCCAAGUCCCUGAGGUCGCUACAGCAGAGCGCUGAAGGUCUGUAUCAGGCUUUAAACAUGGAGCUGUCAGCGGAGUCUCUGGAGGUCUACAGGGAGGUGUUUGGCUGUUCUGUGCAGGACUCGAGCCCAGCCCUCCUGAGCGCAGCCCCAGGCCUCAGACAGACUGUGAGAAGAGCUGUGGUGGAAGCUGAGUACAGUGAUGACUACAUCCCUCCACGCAAAAGGACAGCCAUGCCCAGUGAAACUGACCAGUGA